UGUCGCCUCUCGCCUCUUCGGGGAGCUGGAGUCGGCCGCUGUUGUCACUGGUCGCGGCUGCGCGUCGAGCCUUCGUCCAGGGAGAAAUGGCCGGGAUUAAAGCUCUCAUCAGCCUCUCCUUCGGGGGCGCCGUCGGCCUCAUGUUCCUGAUGCUUGGAUGUGCCCUCCCUGUGUAUGACAAGUACUGGCCUUUGUUCCUCCUCUUCUUCUACAUCCUCUGCCCCAUCCCGUACUGCAUCUCGCGGAGGGUGGUCGACGACACAGACUCGGCCAGCAACGCCUGCAAAGAGCUGGCCAUCUUCCUGACGACGGGCAUCGUCAUUUCAGCCUUCGGCCUGCCCAUCGUCUUCGCAAGAGCUGAAGUAAUCGCCUGGGGGGCGUGUGCGCUCGUGCUAACAGGCAACGUAGUGAUCUUCGGGACCAUUCUGGGUUUCUUCCUGGUCUUCGGAUCCAACGACGACUUCAGCUGGCAGCAGUGGUAAAACUGCAGCGCGACAAGAGGACCCGAGCCGGAACUGUUUUUAUUAGCGUUUCGAUUAUUCUAUUUAUGGUAUUACUAUUUGGUUCUUGUUGUUAUUUAUAUGAUGACCACCCAUCCAUAGACUCACACCAAACCAGUGCAAUACGUUUCUUUUUUUACCGCCUGCGUAGUGUUGAGCUGACAAAGUUUGGAUGGAAAACGUUUUCAGCUGCUGUCUUGUGAGUUUGUGUGUGUCCAUUCUCAUUCGACGCACCGUCAGCCGGUGAGCUCCUGCUGUCUUGACGACCACGUUGAAGUGAAUGUGCAGGACUCAGCCGCUCCUGUCCGUUUGAGUGGAGCUCUGAUUCACUCAGACACUCCCAUCAAAUUUAAGUGACUGGGUUUGAUCUGCAGGCCGCUUGUUGACCGAGUCAUGUGCAUCAGAUAGAAUUUCCUCCACCGUGCAUGAGCUAACCUCUUGUUGUUGGAUCAAGAAAGCAUGGCAGCAUGCGUAGGAUUAAGUCCAGGACAGCAGCCCUGCUGGGAGCUCGGCCGAGCCUGCAGUAAGACCUGGGCGACUUAUCCCUAAAGCCCUGCCGUCAGCCGUCAGCCUUUCCAAAGUGAGACUCUGAGUAGACGGGCUCCUUUAAAUUAAGCACAUUAGAUUCCCAUCUGGCACAUGCGCCCUCACAUUUUCCUCCCACCAGCAUUUCGGUGAUGAAAACUGUCCCUGUAGUGACGGUUCUCUGGCCGGUGAGACCUGUGGUCUCUCCAGGAGCUGCAGGCUGCCGUUACAUUUGGCUGCUCUGAUGGCGGCAGGAGCAGGAAUCGGGCAGGGGUGGCCUCGUUGAAGAGCUGCUGUUUGGAUGCAGGAUAGAGUCCGAUUUGUCUGUUUUGUUUAUUUUUUAGUUUGACAGGUGAAGACACUGUUUAAAACAUGUUCUCUGGAAGAUACAAGUGAAACAUUUGUGAAAAAUGUUGUAAUUACAGUGCCCUGCAAAGUCUUCACCUCGCUUGGCUUUUAACCCGUUCCGCUCUGUUACAACCUGUAGUUUUAAUGAUUUUUCAUCAGGAGUUUAUCUGAUGGAUCCGCUCAAAAAAGUUUUGAAGUGAAAAGUUUUAAAAUAAACAAAUGGCCAUGUGCAUAUCGACUCACCCUCUCCGUUUUGAGGCUCAGAAACGGCUCUGGUGCAGCCAGUCCUCUUCAGAAGUCACAUACUUUGUGAAAUGAAGCCCAUUCAUGUGCACUAAGUGUCGCAUGAUCUGUCAGGACAUACACACCUUUUCUGAAGGAGCCCAGCAGGGGGCCCCGUGGACCGAACUGUCCCAACAAGUCCAGGAGGAAGCUGAUCAGUACGAGACAGGCUGGUAUAACCUUUCUCUCGGAGCGGCCGCCAGCGUGAAGGAAAACAAUGUUUCCUUACUGGAGUUUCUCUGAGAGACUGUUGAAGGAUGUCGGCAGUUUAGCCUGGUUCAACACUGAGUCUAAACUCUGAAUAAUUCAGCUUAGAUUCCAGGACGGCUCCAGAACAGGAGGAAGAAGUUCUCUCUCUCCUGAGGGAGCUCCCUUGAUUUUCUCACAUCUUUUUAUCUCAAUAGAAGAUUUUCCAAAACAUUUGGCUCUACGAAGUACAGUUACUGACUUUAGGGGGUGAAUUCUCAUGCACAUGGAAUUUUUGUCAUUUUGUGACGUACGCUUCACAAUAAAAAUACACUUCUUCUGAGUUGUAGACAUGUUCUGUAAGUGAAGUGAUGCAAACCCUCAAUCAGUUUUAAUUCCAGGUUGUGAAGCGACAAAACUGGAAACAUGCCAAGGAGGGUGAAGACUUCUGCAGCGCGCUGUCGAUCACAUUUGUCCUGCUGACAAGGAUCGCAUGUUUUCAAACCAAACAGAUUUAUUUAUGAAUGAGAUCAAUACACUAAUGAAACGUUGGGAAUCUGGCUUAGGAAGGAGGGAGGACACUAAAAACACUGGAGAAGUUCAGGACAGCUGUUGACCGUUGGGGGUUUGUCUCCUCUGCUUCAUCAGAACAAGACGCAGAUUGACACUAAUGCAAGGUGUGUGUUUGGAGAGGAACAUGUGAUGCCUUCAUUUCUCUGCUUCUCUGAGUUUAUUUUGCUCUGGAUUUGAAUUACUGUUACUUCCUGCUCCUUCUGUAUACCUCAUUGAAGAUUGUAUUCAAAGCGCCACACUGAGAGCAGUUCUCCUCGGACGAAUGAAGGCCGCCUGCCUGAGCGGUGGAGGUGUGGAGAACGCUGAGCUCUGGAGACUCGGCCGUCUCACAUUCCUGUACAACACUGUAUGAACUUUAAGCUAAACAUUUCCAAAUUCUAUGUUUUGUGGUCAGAUAUUAAUUUUCCAAUGUGACACAAUCUGGUGUGUAGUUGUGGGAUGGGUCUCAGAAUUGUUCUUUUCUUCUUUUUUUUUUUUUCCAGAGGUUAUUUAUUUUGUGGGACGCUUUGUGUCAAAGUCCAACGCCAUUUAGUAUUUUAGUAUUGACAACUUUUGUGUUGAAGAUGCAGAAGUCCACAUAGUGGGUCAAAUUCUUUCUUU